UUCUUUUUUUUCGUACAAAUUGUCUCUAAUUCGUGUGUCUAACGUUCCAUUUUGGUUGCUCGUCAAACGACCAUAACAUAAAUGUGCAUUCCGCGUCAUGAUUGUGUUAAUCAAUUUGUGUACCACUCAUAUCUCUUAAACCAUUCCCCAUCUCAUCUUCAUCGUCGUCGUUUGUCCCACAAGAUCCGUCCAUCAUGGAGUCGUACGCUCAGUCAGGGUCAUUUGCGUACUCUGGCCACCGGUACCGGCACCAUCACAUGUCUCACGUUGUCCAAACAGAACCGCCCCCACUGCAGUUGUCGUCCCCCAGAGGUACCAUCCAACGUGGUGAUCAAGAACCUGCUGGAGAUGAUCUGACCAGCGUCGAGGAGGAGCAACAAAGUUACAGUCUUGAGUCGGACGGUGAUGAGUCGUACUUGGGCAGCUUCCAGCGACCGGGGAUGAUCAACAAUCACAUCAAUUACAACCAGUACAAUACGAUCUUUAGAAGGGGAGGUGGUCCGAGCGAGCAGCGUCAUCAAUCGGCGUUCGUAGAGGAUGGUGUUGAUUUGAGACUGCCGGUUACCGGAAGGAGUUAUUCGGUUUAUCGACAUCACCCUCACGGAGUCGCCAGUAGGCCCGUCCACCGUGUCCACCCGUGCGAGCAGAGCAGUUGCUACCCGGCGACGGGCAAUCUGCUGAUCGGGCGCGAGAACCGCCUCCAGGCGUCGUCCACCUGUGGCAUCGACCGGCCCGAGCGGUACUGCAUCGUGUCCCAUCUCGAGGAGAAGAAAUGCUUCCUGUGCGACACGCGGCCCGAGACGGCCAACACCCCGAUGAAGAACCACCGGGUCGGCCAGAUCAUCUACAAGAACAUGCCGGGGUAA